UCAAUGUUCAGGUUUACAUCAUCACGCAAAGCACAACCAAACUGUGAGAAAGAUGGACGGAAAAUAUUACAUGUUUUUACUUAUAAUUGGAAUCCUCAUAACUUAUGGUACCACUGAAAGGAGCGGGGAUUGCAAUCGUGUAAGAUGUAGAAGAAUUUGUCCUGGUAGCAUGUUCCAAGUCAAUGACGAUGGAUGUAUUCUCUGUCGCUGUUGUACGUCCCCAGGACCAAACUGUAUUAACACAAGACCAGAAACAUCCUUAAAGGAUUUACUCAGACUUAGUAAAGGAUAAACUUAAUGAAAUAAAGAAUUCUAUGUAAACAUA